CUCUCGUCCCUCCCGCCGCGGCCGCCAGCGCCGCCGGCACCAUGGGCUGCUGCUGCCGCCGCCUGCUCUUCCUCGCCCUCCUCCUCCUCCCGGCAGGACUGGGCCAUGGCUCCCCAGAGUCACCCCUCAUCCCCAUCCGCCCCCCCUUGCUCUGGGGGGGUGUCCCAGCGAAGCCGGACCCCAGGGAUGUCCCCACGCCGGCUCCAGGCCAGCCCGAGCUGCCCUCCUCCGGAGACAGGACACCCUCCAGGCCCCUGCAGGGGGACGGCCACAACGCCAGCAGCCCGGCGGCAGCAGUGUCCCCUGGCCCUGUCCCCGUGAGCCCCACAGCAGAGGGUCCCUGGAUGUCGCCCGCCCCGGCUCCCCGGACAGCGCACGCCGCCAGCCCGGCAGGAAGCACCACGGGUGAGGGGGCAGCCGCCAGCCCCUCAGCCCCGGCUGUGCCAUCGCCGCCCUCCUCCCGUGCCAGCAGCCACAGCAGCCAGCCCACCUGGGCCCCCGGCACGGGCCUGGCCCCCACGCCCGGCCUCGUCAGCCCGGCCGCCACCCGGCCGCCGCUGCUGCCCAAGGAUGUCCCCUCCCUGGGGACACCGGCCGUGGCAUCCAGCCUGGCCGUGGAGCCGACGUCCCCCCCAGUGACUGUGCCGAGCCCCACGGAGGCCGAGGCCACGGCCUCGCAGGAAAGCACGGGGGUGACCGUGGAGGAGGUGCCGCGCGCCCUGAGCGCAGGGAGCAUCGUGGCCAUAACCGUGACGGUCAUCGUGGUGGUGGUGCUGGUGUUCGGGGCAGCCGCCUACCUCAAGAUCAGGCACUCCUCCUACGGAAGGCUUUUGGACGACCACGACUACGGCUCCUGGGGCAACUACAACAACCCUCUCUACGAUGAUUCCUAGCAGGGAUGGAGCCAAAAACCCCAAAAACCCUUAAUUUAUAAGCGCUUCUGCAGCAGAGCAUCCGCUGUCGAGGAGAUGCCGGGCACGGAGCCCCUGCCUCAGGCAGGAUUCCCACGGGUCUGGUGGAUGGCAGGAACUGGAGGGCAGCGCUGACAAUAAACUUGAAUUUUGGCCUUUGA